GAAGAAUACCUAUUCAAAAUGGCGUUAUCUAAAUCUGUCAUAAAAGCUCAGGAUAUUAUUUCUUGUAACCUUUGUGAAUCAGAGACGAAACUAAAAUGGAAAUGUCUUGAUUGUGACUUGCUAAUGUGUAAUAAGUGCAAUGAUAAAAUUCAUCCAAAGUUUAAAAACGCUAAGGACCAUACAAUAGUUGACAUAAAACAGGUUGGAAUAAGUGGUGGUGACAAUAAAAUCUUGGACUUAACAAGCAUAAAAUGUACAGAACAUACAACACAAUCAUGCUGUCUUUUCUGUUGUACUUGUGAUGCUCUUGUUUGCCCAAUAUGUAUCGCAAAAAUGCAUACUGGGCAUACUUUCAUAGAAAUAAAGGAGGCAUAUGAUAUGAAGCUCGAAUUACUGGAGACAUUUAAAUUGAAAGUAGAAAGUGCUAAAAAAGAACUUGCUGAUGAUGAAAGAAGGCUUGAACAGCUGAAAAUAGCAGAGAACUUCAAAGGUAAGAACGUUUUACAAGACAUUGAAGCUCGAAAAGAAGCAUAUAUAAAAUAUGCAGAUCAGCUUUCGAAAGACGUAAAACACAAAAUAAAGAUCAAUGAAGAUUCCAUAUCCAAAAAGCUGACAACAGUUACAGAUUCCAGACAUAAGCUACAGGAGGUAUUCAGUAUAGUAGAUAAGAUUAUCAAUUCAUCAGAUUCCCUAAAAAUUCUCGAAAAUAUUGAUAAGAUAGAGAAAUCUUUAGAAACUGCCAUACAACCAAUUAACAUACACCAUUCGUAUUUAAUACCUCAGUUCAUGCCAGGAGAGAAUAUUCCAUCAACUUUUGGAUCCUUGACCGAGGUUUCAAGUGGUGGUGGAACUGGUAAAAUAGAGAUGAAAGUGAACAAGCAGUUCACCACAGACUUAAAACGUUGUCACUACCUAUGGUUAUGUUCUAAUGGCUCAAUCGUGCUAGGUGACAGCAUCAACAAAAGUUUACAGAAAGUACAAACUGAUGGAAACAGUCUUGCCACAAUUUUCACAAUAAAGACAUCAAUAAGAGGAAUUGUAGUUACUUCCGAUGGUGAUAUCCUGCUAGCUGAUGCGACACCAAGGCUAAAGCGCAUCAAUGGAGCAAAUGGGAAAAUCCAGGAUUCACAGUAUAGCGUGGAUCCAUUAGAGAUAAUGUCACUCCAUGUAUCAAAAGACCGUAAAAUUAUUGUAGGUGCUAUGAGUGUUGGUGCAGUUAUUCCUGUUACAGGAAGAAGAGUGGUGAUUGUAAUGGAUAAAGAUGGAAAGCAUGAAUUUGUUUAUGAGUAUGAUAACAAUAAGAAGAGAUUAAUGACAUAUCCACGAAAUAUAACUAGCACUAUUAGUGGGAAAAUCUUUGUUGCAGAUUUUGCGUAUGCUGAUAGGAGGAACAGUAGAAUUUUAGCAUUGAAUAAAGAUGGAAAUAUCUUAAAUACGUACAAGGGAAAUCCGAAUAUAAACAAUGUUGACAAGCCAUUUCAACCUGAAUCAAUGCAGAGUACACCAUUAGAUAGCGUUGUGAUAUCUGAUUUAAACAACCAAUCUAUUCAUAUCCUUGACAAUUCUUGCAAUCUGAUAUACUACAAAGAAACAAGGGAUAUAGGAAUAAUGUCCCCAUCUUGCGUUGCCUUUACUAGUGCAACAUUAUUUUACCUUGGAUGUUCUCCACCAGCGAGUUCUACUAAUGGAAAACUUUAUGAAAUUGAAUAUUCUGGUUUCUGAAACCUAAUAUCGCUAACGUUUUUAGCAUGGAUCAGCAGAUGUAGAUUCAAGCUAUAAAAAUCAUUUCUUCGGGCUGUAGAAAUUAAUAAUCUUGUGGAUGAGAAAUAUAUUACCAGAAUAUUCUAGCUGUGACAAUGUUUUUUGG